GCCCCCGGCUGAGUCACCAAAGCUGACUGUGUCUAGCCUGCAGCCCUCCCGGAGCUGCAGAACCCUCUCGCAGCUCUGAAGAUCAAGGAGUGGAAAGUUCUCCACCAGCCCUGAGACCUCAAGAGUGACAUACGUGAAAUCAGCUAAUUUGAUUAUUAAAACUCAUUGGGAAUCUGCUUUGCUAGUAUCAUAUCCAUGCAAGAUUUCAUCAUGGGGAAUGGCUAUUACAACAUGGUGGCAACAGUACUCUUGGUCAUGAACUUUGAGAGGACAGGAGCAGUGCAGGAUUCCUGCAGAGACUGUCUAGCCGGAGGUGCGUAUGUGCUGUUAAACAUGUGCAGCUAUCGUCUACCUUUCUUAGGUACUUACUGUGUGAAGAACGAGAGUCAGAUUUGCAGUCCUUGUCCUCUAAAUAGUUUCUCCAGCACAGGUGGACAGAUGAACUGUGACAUGUGCAGAAAAUGUGAAGGUGUUUUCAAGACCAAGAGGGCGUGCUCCCCGACCAGGGAUGCAGAGUGUGAGUGUGUCUCAGGAUUCCACUGCUUGGGGGCAGGGUGCACCAUGUGUCAACAGGAUUGUAAACAAGGUCAAGAAUUAACAAAAGAAGGUUGUAAAGACUGUUGCCUUGGGACAUUUAAUGAUCAGAAAAAUGGCAUCUGUCGGCCCUGGACAAACUGUUCUUUGGAAGGAAAAUCUGUACUUGCAAAUGGGACUAAGAAAAGGGAUGUGGUGUGUGGACCACCUGCAGCAGACUCCUUUCCGGAUACAUCCUCGGUCACUGUUCCUGCUCCCGAGAGAAAGCCAGAUCACCACCCACAGAUCAUCACCUUCUUUCUUGCGCUAAUAUCGGCUGCCCUGCUAUUCCUGGUGUUCUUCCUCGUGGUCCGUUUCUCCGUUGCGAAAUGGGGCAGAAAGAAACUCCUGUAUAUAUUCAAGCAACCAUUUAUAAAACCAGUACAGACUGCCCAGGAAGAAGAUGGCUGUAGCUGCCGAUUUCCAGAAGAAGAAGAAGGAGACUGUGAACUGUGAAGCAGAAACUCAAAUCGCUGUUGGGACUCUCUUGACAAGAAGCAAAGGAGAAAUCAAGUGAUCCCCCUACCACGUCCUUUUAAAAUGAAAACACCAUCCCCGAUAGUACCUAGGGCUACCCUCUGACAAGUUUUUUCCAAAUGCUAAUGAGUUGGCCUUUAAAAAUGUACCAUUUUUAACAGAACAGAAGGAUGAGCAAGAGCUAGUAGUCAAAAGGCAUUUUCUAGAUGCUACCUAACAGACUUGGACUAGUUUUUUUUUAACCUAAAGAGAGUACAUUUUCAGUUUAUCAUGUAGGCCCAAUAGUUCUGCUAAAAUUUUAAUCAAAGCCAAUUCCAUUUUUUCUCCAUGCUAAUAUGGCAUGUGACAAUAGUCCAUAAAACAUAGACCAUUCUUAACCAAAAAUUUCACUGGUUCUAUCAGUUAGCACAAUGACCUCCUCACUGCCAGGGGGAGAUUGGUAAGAGCGCCCCAAUCUGGAAUCCAGGGGAAAAAAGUCCCAGACCUCAAUGAUGAAUGUCUGAAAGUGUUCAAAGGUCUUUGUGUAUCCUGUGGUCCUUCAUCUUUGCCACUUUUGCCUUUGUUCCACUCCCCUCUGAGCCAGGUCUUAUAUUUUUUUACUCGUACAAACUUUUUAUGUAAUAUAUUUUUUUUAAUAAUUUUAUUUAUUUUGUUGCUGUUGUUGAGAACACACACAGUGAAACAUACACCAACUCAACAGUUUCUACAUGUACAAUUUAGUGACAUUGAUUAAAUUCUUCAAGUUGUGCAACCAUCCUCACCCUCCUUUUCUAAGUUGUUCCUCCUAGUUCAUUGCAUAGUCCUUCAGGUCUUAAAAGCUUGCAAGCAGCCAUCCAGGUCUUUACAACUGGUCUCUAUUUGCCUGGAGCAACAGAGGAAGAAGGAGAGUCAGGAAUAGGAGGAAGAUAUGGAAUGUGUGGCUAAUUGCCUCCAUGAACAACUGCCUUCUUUGCCAUGAGACCAGAACUGGAUGGUGCCCAGCUACCAUUACUGAACAUUUUGAUCAAGGAUUCUAUAGACGAAUCCUGAUCAAAAGGAGGAAAAUGCAGAACAGAAUUUUAAAAUCGCAUGGACUCCAGAUUUUCUGGAGCCAUGGAGGCUGAAUGAACCCCCGAAACUAUUGCCCUGAGAUAAUCUUUAAACCUUAAACCAAAAAUAUCCCCUGAAGUCUUCUUAAAACCAAACAAUAGUUUAGAUUAACUAGUAAAAAAUGUCUGCCUUGAACAUUACACUCUUUUAAGAACUAUCUGUAUGGGAUCGAAUUGAAGAGAGCAACUCGAAGGAUUAGAUAGGAAUCUUAGAGGGCAAUGAGUUUUUAUAUAAUACUUAAUACAUUUAAACUAAUAUAUGAAGCAUGUAUGAAAGUUACAGAGCACAGUAAUAAAAUGAACACCUGUGAGUCCAAAUUUCAGCAAUAUUCUAAGAAAAUGACUGCCUGAAAGAAAUUUAAUGCAAUAAUAAGUAUUCCUUUUUUUCUUCCUUAAAGGAUUAUUUUCUUAUGCUUUGAUGUAUGACAUAAUAUAUACAAGUUCAGAAAAUAUUUGUUGAUGGGCAUAUAUUUUUAUUUAAAUAGAUGAAGUACUUCCAUUUGGCGUUUUCUUUAUUAUUUUGAUAAAGAGUUUGUUACUAUAGUAAAAGGUGAGAGUAAUAUUUAGGGAAGAUUUUUUUUUUUUUUAACUUUCCAAGAAAUCUUACCAAACCCCAUGAAAACACUUCUCUUGGUAGUAAGAAAGACACAAUACAUCAUACAGAACAAUAACAUCUGAGAUUCAAUUUGAAUACCCAUGACCUACUUUGGAUGACCCAUACUAGAUCUUUAGGAGGAGUUGAUGGGUAGAGCAACUGGUUAAGUGCUUGGUUGCUAACCACAAGCUUGGCAGUUAGAACCCACCCAGGAGCACCUUGAAGAAAGGCCUGGCAAUCUACUUCUGAAAGGUCCCAACCUUGAAAACCCUAUGAAGUGUAGGUCUAUUCUGUAUACAUGGGGUUUCCAUGGAUCAGAAUCAACUCAAUGGAAACUGUUUUGGUUGUUUUGUUUUGUUUUUUAGAUCUGUGGGUGAAGCUGUCUGAUGUUUUAGGAUCCUGAGUGGCCUCAGAGUCCUGUUGACCUGAUAUUCUGGCAAGAAUAAGAGAAGAAUUAUUGGUGGUGCAAUUCUUUGAAAACAGAAAGUUUACAAAGCUUAGGGAGUUUACCAGUGCCAUCUCAGGAACACAGCUGUCCUUCCAAACCACAAAGCUAUAAAUUCUAAAGUGGUUUCCCCUCUUGGCUUAGGGCACAGGGUGUUUAAUUCUCUGUUGUCCAUUAUCCACACACAGAAAAGUAACCGGUCACAUCCCAUAGACUUGAGUUGGAAACAUGCAGGAAAACUCAGCUAGACUCUCAUUUGCCCCAUAUUACCCAGAGGAAAUCUACGGUUGAUUCUGUUUGCCUGACGGAGGUUGUUUUUAUUGCACAGACUGCAUGAUAAUCUUUAUCAGUAGUAUAUUUGAGUGUAAACGUUAUAAAUGAAAAAAACACAGGAACUUGGAGGAUGAGUCAUCUCUCCCCUAAAUGACGGUUAACAAAGGAAAAAAACUGAGACAGAAUAAAAUGACCCCCCCCCCCCAGCCUCAGAGUUAAUUUAGGAAAUCCAGUAGUUAGGUUUAAUAGAAAUAGCUGUAAAUUUUCUCUGAUAAAAAUGAAUUUAAGUGUUUAGAGAUAGACAAGUUGCAAACAGUUUCCUAAAAAGGGUAAAAACAAAAGCUUAGGUUACUUCUGAGGCAAAUUUUGGUUUUCUUCUCUAGUGGAAGAAUCUGAUGGAAACUUUUGAUAUGAGGGGCGUUUGACUACUAAAGUGGGCGUUGUGUGCCUCUGCAGAGCAGAUGUUUCCAUCUGUGGGUGGGAUGUACACAAAGACCAUGGCCAGAGUGGGUUGUGUGUGGUCUGUGCAUGGUGCGGCCAGAAGAGUGAUCACCACCAAUGCUUUUACGAAGGACCCUAGGCUAAAAUACAAAUCUACCAUCUUCACAGAAAAAAAUCUAAGGAAAAAAAUUACUUAUUUUUUAACCUUUUAAGUAUUUUUCAACUUGAUGUUAUUGUUGGUAGGUCCCAUCAAGUCAAUUCCAACUCAUGGCAUCCCUGUGUGUUACAGAAUAGAACUGCCCCAGAGGGUUCUCUUGGUUCUAGUCUUUACAGAAGCAGAUUGCCAGGUCUCUCCUCCUUGGAGCAGCUGGGUGGAUUCAAACCACCAACCUUUCGGUUAGCAGCUGUUGUGCCAUCAGGGCUUCUUAACUUUCUGUUACAACUGCAAAAUCAAAUCAUACACAAAGUCUAAAAAUAAAAUCAUAUGCCAUUCUUUGUAAACAAUGGAACCCUAGACUAUUUUGAGGUAUGUUAAAGAUUUAUAGUUUGGGAUUUCUUUUGCUUUCUGCAUUGGACUUACUAGUCACAUAAAGUGGAUGCUGUCUUUAUAUAAAUAUUGAUUCAGAUAGAUGUACUUCAAGUUAAUUAAAUUGUCGAAGCAGCCCCAACAAUAUCUCUUUUAUACAUUCAUCAGAGAGGCUGGUUCUGAAACACUGUGACUCCUUCAUUGAGCAAACAUCUAGCCAGGUGUCUGCCCUGCACCAGACACCUGUUAGGACAAAAGGCUCAAAGAUGAAGGACCCACCUUCCCCUUGAGGGACGGACAAGCGCAACCUGAUCAGUGCUGCCGCAUGGUACAAACAGAGUUCUCGAAGAGGACUCUUAGUCUGAAGCAAAGCUAUGGCAGACCUGCUCUGUGCCAGACAUCAGGCCAGGCAUCGGAAAUAUGGCUCUGAAACAGAAGAGAGUAGCAGCUCUCUCUCCUGGAAGGUUCAGGCUGGUAGAGGCAGCUGUGCGCUAGGGAACCUGUGUGCUUGUAGGGAAGCUAGGUGUUGGGAACACUCGCACCAGAAGGGGGUGCUGCCUCGGAUGAUGAGGAUCAGCAGGAGGAGUAGGAGAGCCUCAGGCAAUGUGCUUCCUGGAAGCAGCAAAGGGCUCGGGCAGAUGGGAGAGAGGGCUGAGGCUGGGGGCUGAGGAGGGAUGAAGGAAGCAGGGGCCAGAUACUCUCAGAUGUUAUAAGCGACAUUACGAUGCACAAAUUUAAUUCCAUUGGAUUUGCAUUUUAGGAAGAUCUCCCUGACUACAAUGACAAAAACAGAUUCAACUUAGAAGCUGAGUUCAGAGGCUUCCCCAGGAAUCCAGGGUGGGAUGCAGUCAUGAGAGAGGAGAGCCGGGGAGGGGACUGAGCUGGGGGAGGUAGAGGAUUGGGCCCUGCUUUCAGGCUUGGGCAGUGGUUCCCUUUUCAGAGCCAAGGAACCCUAGAGGAGCAGCUGGGGGAGACCAGGAGAGGCCAACCAAUGUCGCACAGGACCCUGCAGGAUGCCCAGUGGAGGGUGAGUGAGGCCAGGAGGGUGCUGAGGUCACAGGCAGAGCCUGGGGGUGGCCAGAGUAACCUGAGGCCAUGAGUGGGUUUGGGGGAGUAGAAUGGCAUCACAGAGGGCAAGGGUCUCCAGAAUCCACCAAACGAGAGAAAGUAGCCAGAGCUAAGGCCACUGAGAAGCCAGAGAGACGACAGCCAAAAUAUGCAAUGUGUUUAGCAACAAGGCAGUCACCUUGACGAAGGCCCUUUCAGGGGGGUGUUUACCAUAAGAGCCAGGCUGUGGGGGAUGAGGAACAAUGGGAUAUGACAAUGGUGACUGACAGUAAGUGGACUCAAACUGUGGAGCCAAGGUUUGAGAUCACCAAGAAAGACAUUACUCAACAAGCACUGGUUGGAAUAACACUUUACUCACUGAUAAGGAUUGGUUCCAUGUGUGGGCAUCAGUUCCCCAAGGCCAGCAGAUCUCACUUCGUAGUUGACACAGUCCUGGUGGUCUACACACACCCCUCUUCUGUGCUGCAGAUGAAAGGACCCUGUUCCCACUGCCAGAAACAAAAAUAGGUGGGAGUUGGCCAGAUGCCAUAUGAUACGCAGGCUGAAGCAGGAAGCAGUACGAACAAGGUUUACUGUGUACUCAAAACAGGAAAAGAGUUUCUCUGAAAAGGAAGGAGAAACUGGGACAGAGGUAGGCUCAGAGACCAGUCUCCACUAUCUGGGAAUGUUAAGGCUCAAGGCUCUGAUUAGGUGGGCCAGGUGAGAGCUGGAAACGCACAACAGAAGGGUUCCCAACACAAACCCUUCCAAAGUUUGGUAGUGAAAGAAAAAAGAACAUAGAGUAAGAACUAGUGGGCUACAUGGGGCCUCAAGGUAGCUGCCAGAGAAAAUACAGGACAUUCAGUUUUUUUUUAGUAUAAGUGUGUCCCAUGCAAUAUUUGGGACAUACUUAUUCUAAAGAAUUAUUCGUUAUUUACCUGAAAUUCAAAUUUAACAGACAGGCAUCCUGUAUUUUUAUUUGCUAAAUCUGGCAACCCUUGUUAAGGGUCCCUGGGUGGCACAAAUGGUUUGAGUUUGGCUGCUAACCACCCACCUGGUGCCAUAGAAGAAAGGCCUGGCAAUCUACUUCUGUAAGAUGACAGUCAUUGAGGAUCCUAUGGAGUGAAAUUCUACUUUGACACACAUGGGGCCUCUGUGAGUCAGAAUUGACUCAAUGGCAGUGGAGUUAAGGGGGGAAUAUUUCCCUUAUAAUUGGUGAAAUUGGUUAAAUUUAACAAGGUUAAAUGCUGACAUUAAAGAGAGUGUCUAGAAAGAGGGACAGGAAGAAUCAGUGCCUGGGACUCGGCGGUGCUGGGGCCCAGAGCACAGAGGAAGGACUGACAUUUUCAUUCUAAUAGGACAGGAAGGAGCCCUGGUGGUGCAAUGGUUAAAUGCUUGUCUGCUAACUGAAAGGUGGGCAGUUGGAAUCCCCCAGCAACUCUGCAGGAGAAAAGACCUGGCAAUCUGUUUCUGUAAAGAUUACAGCCUACGAAACCCUGUGGGACAGUUCUACUCUGUCCUAUAGGAUUGCUAUGAGUCGGAAUCAACUCAAGGGCACACGACAGGAGGAUAGGGGCAAAGACAGUGCAAAUGAGCUUGUAGUUGGGUAGGUGCCUGGGCUUGGUGGAAGGAAGGAGAGAAAAUGCCUUCCAGAAGGUUCUCUGCACUCCCUUGCUGGGACUGGGGGUGGGGACCAGAGGAUGGGGCAAUAAACAACUGUUAAGUAGGGGCUGAGAGAGCUGAUUGGGGAAACCCAAAACCUUGCUCAUUGGAGGCCAGAGACCUUCAUCCUGCAGGGGUGCUGCUCCCUGGGAGGGCUAAGAAGAGGCAAAGAGGACGGACCCAGGCUGGGGUUUUCCAGGAGAGUGAGACGGAUGAUCAAUGGGAUGAGGAAAUUGAAGACAUUGGCAAGAGAAUGGCAAAAUGCUCCCCACUAUACGUCUUACACAUUAAUUCCAAAAAACCCAGUGCCCUCGAGUCUAUUAAAGGCCAUUUUAAUAUACUCUUCAGUCUUUCUAAAGACAUGGCUAGUCGGGUCACGAAAACCCGGGGUGAUGAUGAGGUCUCAGCAGAAGUGCAUUAUAUAACAGCCUCGUUGGGUGGAGGAGUAUUCUGAGGGUGAAUCCACCACAAAGUUAAAUUUAGCUUCUGCUGAGGACAUCAGGAUGGGAGAGGUUUCAGUUGAAGUACACUCCCUUCCUGCCUUCACUCCUUCCUCCAUGGUCUCCUCCCACCCCUGACCCAAGUCUCAUCUUCUCUCGACAGAACAAGUAGAGCACAGAGCCUCCGAUCCUAGAACAUGACCUUGGCACUGACAAGGAUCGGGAAAGCACUGCAAUAUACAUUACAUCCCAGUGGCCCUUAUCAGCACCUGACAUUACAUUGUAUAUUUGUUUAUUGUCUGCCUCUAAGACUAGAAUGUCACCUCCUGAGAUCAGGGGCUGUCAUGGGUUGAGUCAUGUCUUCCAUAAAUAUCUGUCAACUUAGCUGGGCCAUGAGUCCCAGUAUUGUAAGAUUGUCCACCAUUUUGGGUAUUUUCCUAUGUGUUGUAAAUCCUAUCACUCUGAUGAAAUGAGAUGGAUUAGUGGCAGUUAUAUUGAUGUGAUAUACAAGAUUAGAUAAUGUCUUAAGCCAAUCUCUUUUGAGAUAUAAAACAGAGAAGUGAGCAGAGAGACAGAGGGACCUCAUACCACCAAGAAAGCAGCCCUGGGAGUAAAGCGUGUCUUUGGACCUGAGGUUCCUGCACUGAGAUGCUCCCAGACCAAGGGAAGACUAAUGCGUCACAAGGACCUUCCUCCAGAGCAAACAGAGAAAGCCUUCCCCUGGAGCUGACACCUUGAAUUUGGACUUGUAGCCUACUAGACUGUGAAAGAAUAAACUUCUCUUUGUUAAAGCCACCCACUUGUGGUAUUUCUGUUAUAGCAGCACUAGAUGACUAAGAGAGGGGCUUUGCCUGAUUUCUGUUGUACCCCCGCACAUGGAAAGUGCCAGUAACUAUGGGCUGAUGGAGUGAAUGGGAUCCAGAAGGCACGUUGGUAGCCAUCCACUUAUGGCACAUGUAGCAAGAAAAUACUUGUGCAACACAAACUCUUUUCACUUAUAAUGAGUUUUACCAACUACUCUUCUGCCCCCAUUGCCCAGUGUUAUGGAUUGAAUUAUGAAUACGAACAGAUCCAAAAAAGAGGGUACUAACCAUUAUACCUGUGAAAGCGACCUUGUCUGGAAAUAGGGUCUUUGAAGAUGUUGUCAGUUAGGUUAACGUGACAUCAUGCUGGAGUGGUAGUUGUUGCGUGCCAUCAAGUCCAUCGAGUCGAUUCUGACUGCCCUAUAGGGUUUCCUAGGCUGCAAUCUUGAUGGAAGAAGUCCUGAUGGUCCAAGGUCAGAGGACUGAACCCACCAGCCACUCCCCGGGAGAAAGACGUGGCAGUCAUUCUGCUUCUUUAAAGAUUUACGGGGGCAGUUUGCCACAUCUUUUCUCCUGUGGAGCUUGAACUGCUGACCUUUUGGUUAGCAGCAGAGUGCAUAGCCAUUGUGCCACGAGGGGUCCUUAUGGUGGAGUAGGGUGGGUCCUAAUCCAAUAUGACUGACGACGUCCUUAUAAAAGGGAAGAGAAACAGAGACAGGGACCCAUAGGGAAGGCACUACGCGGCACCAUAGCUCCUAGCCAAGGAAUGCCUGCAGAUUCUCCCUCAGAGCCUCAAAAGAAAUCAGUAAGGCUGACAUCCUGAACUCAGACUCUCAGCCUCCAGAACUGUGAGGCAAUGAAAUGUCUGUUGUUUAAACGCACCCUCUUUGUGGUAUUUUGCUAAGGCAGCCCUAGGAAGGUAAGACACUCCAGGCAGACAAAAGUUCAAGAAGCUAGCCACUGCAGUUCCUUAGAACUUUAAGACUGAUAGUGGUUGAUAUUUUUCUAGCUAUGAUAAUGAUUGCUUCUCACACCAGAGGGGCUGGUAAGAAGGCGAAGCACAAUAUAAGUUAUUUUUCAUUUUGGAGUUGUUUGUUGUUAGCUGCCAUCGAGUCAGCCCUGACUCUGUAGAGACCCUGUGAAUAACAAAAUGAAAUGUUGCCCAGCCCUGAAGCAUCUUCAUGGUCACUGGUAUUUUCAAGUCCCUUGUUGAGGCCACUGUCUAUUUUGAGUGCUUUCUAACCUAGGGGCUCAUAUUCCAGCACUAUAUUGGACAAUACUCUGUUGUGG